UCUAACUUUUUUAAAAAAACAAACUCAACUAAGCGCUCGUGCGAAUUUAUGAUUACUUAAAGAUUCUUAAAAGGAUGAUAUUCUAAAAUGUCUGGAUAAGUACCCACACUCAACAAAUUAAGUGUUGUAAGUGUCCGAUGUCAUGAUAAUAAUGUGGUUCAAUGUCAACUGAACUCCACGAAUUUAAAAACUACAGAGUAAUAGAAAGUUUAAGUUUGUGGAAAUGAUUUGUACUAAAAGUGUUUUAAUUAAUUUCAUGUUUUUUGGGUAAUUAGGCAAACUAUUUAAUCUUAUUGUCUUUGAUUGAACAAAAAAAUGCCAAAAAAAAAGGUAUCUUGAUCAGCUAGGGAUGUCUGCAUCCUAUGGUACAAAGACAUACUGCCGGCAAUCACUAGUUGGUGGCAACUAUGGUUUACUUAAUACCACAACCUUUGUACCAAACCCUGAUUACUACAGUGCUCUUUUGUGGCACAGAUUGAUGGGGACAAAUGUGUUGAAAACCAAAUUCUCUGGAACAAAGAAAUUGCGUGUUUAUGCUCAUUGUGCCAAAAACUCAUCUGAUGGCAUAACAAUAGUGUUGAUAAACCUGGACGGGAAGGCGGGUGCGGUGGUGGACGUCGCGUACAACGGCGGCGGAGGAGGAGGAGGCGGCGGCGGAAGAAAAGAGUAUCAUCUGAGCGCAAAAAAUGGGGACUUGCACAGCCAAACAGUCCUUCUGAACGGGGAGGAACUGGGCCUGGAUCCAUCCGGGAAAAUACCCUUGUUGGAGCCUCGGGUUGUCGACCCGGAAGAGCCCAUUAAUGUUGCCCCGUAUUCCACUGUUUUUGCCCAUUUACCUUUUGUCUCUAUGCCUGCUUGCACUUAUAAUAAUUAAUUUUCAAACAUGACAUAUUUUAAGAUAGCCCCAUAUGUAUGGUUACCAUUUUAAUGAUUCAAUGGUAAUUAGUUAUAUUAAACUUUUAGAGUUUAA